GCGGGCAAUUAAAGCAGCCGGUCUCCAAGAAAUAGGUGUGCGACUGUCGGGCAGAGGAAUUAGUUGGUAUUCACUGUCUGUAUGGAGGAAGAGUUCAGCGCGCGGGGCGCAGAAUGCUGGGGAUGUAUGGAGUCACGACGCAGCGCAGUUCGCCAUGACCUGAAGUGAAUCACGAUGGGAUUUCUCUAGUGACGUGAAAAUUUAGGUUAGAUGCAAUUAGACGUGCUUUACGCGCGGCGCACUCACCGGCAGCUGUAGCUAAAAGCUGCCGUCUGCAGCCACUUUCCGUCGUCUCUCGGUUCCUCCCUCUUCUUUUGUUUUUGUUUUCGUUUUGAGCGUCACUCCGGAGGCUUCAGCACCCCGAACGUGCUCAGAUCAUCCCGAUGUGUUUGGCUGCGCUUUGCGGGGAGCGCGCCGGUGAAGUCAAGUGUUGGUGAAUUUCUCCGGGAAGACGACGUUUCAUGCUCCUCCGCACCUGUGGACGCGAAACGGAGCAGCGAGGACGCUUCGCCUGUCUUUUAUUUUUAUUUUUUGCGUUGUGCGCCUGUUCAUUUUAGGGACGUUCGUGCGGCAUAACGCGCGAGUCGGAUGCACGGCUGGGUCCUCGGCUCCGGCACCUCAUCGGCUCUGAGCAGCUCCCGGUCGUAGCGUGUGGAUGGGCUCAGCGGGUCUCGGCGUCUCCUGCAGCUCCUAACUACCGGCAACAAUGGCAUCCCACGGCUUCUGGUCUCUUGGCGCAGAUAAUGCGGGGGCCAACACCGGGAAUCGGAGCCCCAGCACGCCCAGGGCUUGGUGCCAAGCGGCGGCCCAGAAAUUAUCCGGAGGUAUAGGAUCGAAAUUAUGUGCGCUGCUCAACGUUGGAGACGUGGAGAAAGCCGCCGAGCCGCCGCAGACGCCCGCAGGCACCUGCGGCUGCAACAAAUCCUGCAACUGCACCAAAGCCGCCGUGGUCUUCUCUGACCUCUAUUCAACAGACCUGCUGCCAGCUCUGGACGGUGACGCCAAGACAAUGACCUUCCUGCAGGAGGUGGUGGAUAUUUUACUGGCCUACAUCGUGGAGUCUUUCGACAGGGAAACGAAAGUCAUUGAUUUUCAUUAUCCAAACGAGCUGCUUCAGAUGAACAACUGGGAGCUGCAGGGCGAGCCUGCGACUCUGGAUGAUAUCUUGAUCAGCUGUCGCGCUACUUUGAAAUACGCCAUUAAAACAGCCCACCCCAGGUACUUCAAUCAGCUCUCCACAGGAUUAGACAUGGUCGGGCUGGCAGCUGAUUGGCUAACAUCCACUGCUAACACCAAUAUGUUCACCUAUGAGGUGGCUCCUGUGUUCGUGCUGUUGGAAUACGUCACUCUGAAGAAGAUGAGGGAAAUCAUUGGCUGGUCAGACGGACGAGGAGACGGCAUCUUCUCUCCUGGUGGUGCUAUUUCCAACAUGUACGCCAUGCUGCUGGCCCGCUUCAAGAUGUUCCCUGAAGUGAAGGAGAAAGGAAUGUCAUCCGUCCCCAGACUGGUGGCCUUCACGUCGGAACACAGCCACUUCUCAAUCAAAAAAGGUGCAGCGGCUCUCGGCAUCGGAACGGAAAGUGUGAUCUGCAUCAAAGCCGACGAAAGCGGUAAAUUGAUCCCAGCUGACCUUGAAAGGAGAAUCCUGGAGGCCAAGCAGAAGGGCUUUGUACCUUUCUUCGUCAGUGCUACUGCUGGAACGACGGUCUACGGCGCCUUUGACCCCCUCAUCGCCAUCUCUGACAUCUGCAAGAAGUACAACAUCUGGAUGCACGUGGACGGUGCGUGGGGAGGAAGCCUCCUCAUGUCCAGGAGACACCGGUGGAAGCUGGACGGAGUCGAGAGGGCCAACUCGGUGACGUGGAACCCGCACAAAAUGAUGUCGGUCCCUCUGCAGUGCUCGGCCCUGCUGGUCCGGGAGGAGGGUCUGAUGCAGAACUGCAACCAGAUGCACGCGUGCUACCUGUUCCAGCAGGACAAGCACUACGACCUCUCCUACGACACGGGGGACAAGGCGCUGCAGUGUGGACGCCACGUGGACAUCUUCAAGCUGUGGCUGAUGUGGAGGGCAAAGGGCACCAUUGGGUUCGAGGCCCAGAUCGACAAGUGCCUGGAGCUGUCGGAGUACCUCUACAACAAGAUCAAGGACCGGGAAGGAUACGAGAUGGUGUUCGACGGGAAGCCUCAGCACACCAACGUCUGCUUCUGGUACCUCCCCCCCGGGAUCCGCUGCAUGGAGGACAAAGAGGAGAGGAAGAAACACUUGCACAAGGUGGCUCCGGUGAUCAAGGCCAGAAUGAUGGAGUACGGCACCACCAUGGUCAGCUACCAACCGCAAGGCGACAAGGUCAACUUCUUCCGCAUGGUCAUCUCGAACCCCGCCGCCACCUUCGAGGACAUCGACUUUCUCAUCGAGGAGAUCGAGCGACUCGGACAAGACCUAUAAGACUCCAGCGAACCCCCCUCGUGCGUUUCCCCCUUGACAGAUGAACUGUUUGUUGUGAAUGUACCGGUAAACUUUUUCUUUCCUCCAAAAUCACAUAUUUAAGAGCAUAUUUAAAAAAGACAAAAGAUAAGUGCAUAUAUUAUGUAUCGUAGCUUUGCAGUGGACUGCGUCGGUCCAGAGCCAUGUAAAAGCGCUUCUCCUAUAGUGCAGUAGGCCCCUGAGUCGUGUAAGUGGCGUGACCUCUGUGUUUGUGAUAUGGGAUGCUUGUGCCAUAGGUCGACAGCGAAGAGUUUAUUUUUCGAUCCUUUAUGUUGUUAAGUGCCGAACGUGGUUGUGUUCUAUCGUAACUUUACAAUUUUAAACUUCUGGUUUAAAAAAAAAAAAAAAAAAAAAGACAAAAGAAAGCACUUCACCUUACCUCAGCUUAAUCGACUGCCUUUUCCAUGUGCUCAUACUUCUAGUCGUGGUCUCUGGACUAUAUUCUCCGCCCGGUGUCGUGUAGCUGUACGUGAGCGUCCCAGACCGAGCAGGACGUGGGUCAUGCAUCACCGCAGCUUUGGCAGGUUCUUUUUUUUUUUUUUUUUUUUUUUUUUUUUUAGGUGUUAGACGCGUUUUCACUGCAUGUUUGUUGGUAGUUUCACUAAUUAUAGAAAUCCGUAGGGAUUGUGCAGCAAAACCCCACGCUCCAGUAUUUCUAAGUCUUCUCCUGGGCUGUGUUCUAUUAAGAGACGUCGCUUAAGGCAGAAAUGAGCCGGUGGGGGGUCGGCGACGGGUUCAUUCAGCUGCAGUACUGACGUUGACCACAAGUCCAUCGCUGACGGCUCAGUGAGUGGAUCUGGUUCCUACGUCAUUAAAACAUCCACGUAAACCACAGCAGGACUCUUUACAUGUGUAAAUUAGUCUGUGAAAAUGUUAAGGAGCACUUAUUGAAGAUGUAAGAUCUUCAGAAAAAUACGAAAACUGGGAAAGGGGCAAUAAUGGCGUGAUCUUCAUUUUAGGAGUGACUGUGUGUCUGACAUCACUUGCACUAAAACAUUAGCGGAGGAGCCCUUAGCACGGAAACGGAGACUUAUCAUCGACUCAUUCAUUCACAAGCAAUACUCAGACAUGGGUCCAAUUAUUGAAGCCUGCGAAGGAGUAAAAAAAACCUGCUAAUUCCAACGUAUGUUAGUGGAUGAGUGUCAAGUUUCCAGACCAAAUGCAAAGUAGUUGGUGUAAGUCACGCUUUCUGAAGGAGUUAGAGAAGCACAAUUUGCUCAACAUGGUUGGUCCGUGUACAAUCACUUUUGAUCAUAGAUGUAAAUAGUAUUUCAAGAUGUCCUAAGUACAUAUCUUUGUGUAUACAUAUGUGUAUAUAAGACAUAUAACCAGAGACUAUUUGUGAAGUUACUCAUAUUUUCUCUAUCUCCAGAAUAGAUAACUUGUAUUUUCAUCAUGUUCGUUCUAAAGGCUUUUUGCCUGUGUGUGUGCGUGUGUGUGUGCGUGUGUGUGUGUGUGCGCGCACGUGUGUGUGUGAAGCCAUUUCGACUCUGACGUGUUGCUCUUCGGUCGUUUGUUCGUUCAGUGUGAACACGUGAUACUUGACAGUGCGUGUCCAUGUGUACCUUUGUGUGUUUGUAACUGUGUUGCCUUAGUAUCAAAUUGCCAGUAUUGUCUAGUUCUCCCCCCGAGGGGGAGGGUCGUGCACUUUAGAGUAUAAACAUGACCUAAAAACGUGCAAUGUCCCGUGGUUGUUCGAGUCGAUGUUAAAAGAUUCUGCGUAAAACAUGUAACCUGGGCUCCGAAUGUGCCAUGAACCAAGAGUUUCUCGCGUCGGCCUCUUCCUCAGCUCUUAUUGUUUCACAUCCCGACGGAGACCGGCUCCGUCUCCGGCCUGGCGUCCACACUGUGACUCAGACAGCAUGGAUCUCACUGCGGUGGUCCUGGAAAGCCAGACGCCCCCUCCUCUCGCUGCUGCUGCUGCUGCUGCUGCUAGAACUGCUUCCUUUGCACGUGCAUGCGAUGCCUUGCCUAUCCUGCUUGUUUGAUAUAGUCUCCUAUAUAUCUAUCUAUCUAUCUAUCUAUCUAUUAUAUCCACGUAUACUGUGUGUGUAGCUCCUGUAAUUAGCUGUAGCGUGGGGUGUGUUCGGUGUAGCUUAGCCUGUAGGUGUAGUGAUCUGUCGCUCUGGCCUUUACGUGUGAUCUCUGCGUCUUGGGCUUCCUGUGAAGUUUCUCCGUGCUGCCAGCAUGCUGACCCCGCCUCGCUCUGUAAUCCUCUCCACGCUUGAUCUAUCUCCUCCCUCUGUCUUUCUCUUCUGCCUGAAGACUGUCGCCGCUCACAGCGUUAGCGUAUUAUAUCUAUCCGUGUAGUCCCUCCGCAUGUCGUACUGAACGCUCUUCUCUGCUCGGCUCCUGUGUGACCUUUCCCCUCUCUCUCUCUCUCUUUCUCUCUCGCUUCGGCCUCUGGUAGCAGUGACGGCGCCGCCGCGUGCUUUCCUCCAGCGUUUUAUUGGCUCCCCGCUGUCCUUCUGUGCGUGAGACUGAGACAGUGUGUUGACUCGCGUCAUGGCGCCAUGACAUCACUGUUUUAAUUUACCUUUACUGAGGCUCUUGUCUCUAUGGGAUGUAUGAAAAACAAUACAGUGUUUGGUUGGAUUGUCCGACAACAUGUGGCUGUUGAGAAGUGACGGCUGUGACUACUUCCUGCUUACAGUAAAUAUUGUUUGUGAGAACUGCUAACCCUCGGUCCUCUGACUGCAGUUGAUGCCAUUUUGGAUCAUAUAUCCUGCAAACUGCUGUGCUCGCUUCUCUCAAACAUUCAUUUGUCCUGAAAUAUGUUACUCUUGGGAAAAUAGAAAUAAAUAUUGUCCAAACGAAA